AUGGCACCCAAAGACAAAAAGGGUGGCAAGAAGAGCCCAGCUACCGGUGCUCCUAUCCAGGAUCCUCGUUUCUCCCACGUUCACAGAGACCCUCGCUUCGUGAAGCCUCAAAAGAAGGACUCCAAGGUCACAGUUGACUCUCGUUUCUCAUCCAUGCUGAAGGGCAAGGAGUUCUCAAGCGCACCCAAGGUUGACAAGUAUGGACGCAAGCUCCAGAGCAAAGCAAGCGACCAGCAGAUGAAGCGGUUCUACCAGUUGCAGAAGGGUGAGGCUGCUAGCGGUGACGAGGACAACAAUGAGGAUGACGAAGAGGACGAGGACGAGGAGGAGGACAAUGUCAGCGUAUCAGGAUCAGAUUCAGAGGAGCAGGGCGACGACGUGUACGACCCCAUGCGUGGUCGUGGAGUCAUCAGUGGCUCGGACUCGGACUCGGACAUUGAUGAGGAUGCUGCUGCUGAGCUGGAUCGUGAGGCCGAGGUUCUGGAAGACGAUGAGGAGGAAGAGGAGGACGAUGUCCCCAGAGGAGACGAAUCUCACCGCUUUGCCUGUGUGAACUUGGAUUGGGAUCACGUCAAGUCUAUCGAUUUGUUCAAGGUGUUCUCCGGAUUCAAAGGGGAGAAGGGAGCUAUUCGUUCGGUCAAGAUCUACCUCUCCGAGUUUGGAAAGGAGCGUUUGGAGCGUGAGGAGCGCGAGGGACCACCACCAGAGAUUUUCAAGAAGGCUGGCUCCAAGAUGAAGCUGGAUGAGGACGCCGACUCCUCGGACGACGAGGAGGUGACAGAAAAGUCGCUCAUCAAGGAUCAAACAGAGGAAGGAAAUGAGGAGAUCGACUCGGAAGCCUUGCGCCAAUACCAACUGGAUCGCCUCAAGUACUACUAUGCCGUCGUCGACUGCGACGCUGUCGAGACAGCCAAAUCUAUCUGCGACGCCUGCGAUGGAGCCGAGUACGAGAGCAGUGCCAAUUUCUUUGAUCUCCGCUUUAUCCCCGAUGGUAUGGAGUUUGACGACAUCCCCCGCGACGAGGCCUUUGGCGCUCCCGAGAACUACAAGCCGAACGAGUUCACCACUCAAGUUUUCCAACACUCCAACGUCAAGUUGACCUGGGACGAGGACGACGCAGACAGAAUCAAGGUCACCCGCCAGAACUUCUCCAAGCAAGAUUUGGACGAUAUGGACUUCAAGGCAUACCUGGCUUCGUCGGAUGAAGAGGACUCUGAGGACGAGGAUGAUAUUGAGGCCGCAAGACGCAAAUACCGCGCUCUGUUGUCGGGCGGAAACAAAGACUCGGACGACAGUGAUGCCGAUAGCGACGACGACAAGAACCAGGAGAUGGAGAUCACAUUCGCCCCCGGUUUGAGCGAGGCUGCUGCCGAGAUGUUGGAGGCUAAGAAGCAGCGUGAGCAGCCGGUCAAGGAAGAAACCUCCAUUGAGACAUACCAGCGCAAGGAGAAGGAGCGCCGCCAGCGUCGCAAGGAGACUAGAGCUGCCAAGGCUCAGGGCAGCGGCAUCGAUAGCGAGGAUGACAGUGAAGACCAAGGUGGCGAGGCUUUGUUCUCUGAUGACGAGGAUGAGCGUCUGAUGAACGACUCUUACUUUGCCGAAGAGUUUGCAGGAGGCGACAUGAUGUUGCCAGCCAAGGGCAAGAAGGGCGCAGAUGCGGGCAAGAAGGGUAAGGGAAAGAAGGACGGCAAGAAGCGCACCAAGGAGGAGCGUCUCGAGGACAACCGCAAGAAGGCCGAACUGGAGUUGUUGAUGGAGGACAACCGGGAAUCGAACCAACACUUCAACAUGAAGGAGAUCCAGAAGGCCGAGAAGAAGAAGAACAGGAAGAAGGGCAAGGGUGGCCAGAGCGAUCGCGACAAGGGCGAGGACCUUCAGGACGACUUCAAGAUUGAUGUUAAGGAUCCUCGUUUCAGCGCGCUUCACGACUCGCAUCUUUUCGCUCUGGAUCCUACUAACCCCAACUUUAAGAAGACCAAGGCUAUGAAUGAGUUGAUGGAGGAGAGGCAGAAGAGGACGGCAACGCUUCAUGAAGAGAACGAGAAGAAGCUGAAGAACAAACAACAAAACAACAACAACAAGAACAACAACAAGAACAAGAACAACAACAACAACAACAACAACAACAACAAUAACAACAAGAGCAAUAAUGGUGGCGUCAAGAAGGCCCAGGGUGUCUUUGAGGAUCCCUCGCUCUCGUUGCUGGUCGACACUGUCAAGCGCAAGAGUGCCAUGGCAACAGAAGACACCCGCGACGGCAAGCGCGCCAAGAAGGACAACAAAAAAUAG